UAUUGCGAGCUUUACUGGAUCAGGGAUCUCAAGUGUCACUGAUCACUGAGAACGCGGCGCAGCGACUCAGACUGGCGAGGCAAAAGGGAAACGCAGUCGUAUCAGGAGUUGGAUCAGCAAUGGGCAGCAGCAAAGGCUUACUGACACUGGAGUGUAAAUCAAUACAUUCAGAUUAUAAAUUUAUUACAAAGGUGCUCAUAAUGAACAAACUGAUUAAUAACUUACCCAAUACUAAACUAACCACGUCAAACUGGACGCACCUAGACAAUAUUAAACUGGCUGACCCCGAUUACUUCACUCCUGGCCCUAUUGAUCUAUUGCUCGGAGCGGAUAUUUACUCCGAGAUUAUACUGGAGGGAGUGCUGAAGCAGGAUUCAAACUCUCCCGUCGCGCAGCAGACCAAGUUGGGCUGGAUUCUAUGCGGAAACACCAAAACAUUCAAGUGCUUUGUAACCCUCAAUGAGAUAGAGGAGUUAACUAGAUUCUGGGAAUCAGAGGAAAUAACAAAGGACACCGAGCUCACAGAUUCUGAAGCGUACUGUGAAAAGUAUUACGCGGAAACAACUGAACGGCAAGAAGAUGGCAGGUACAUCGUUAAGAUGCCUCUCAAGGAAGAUAUAGCCUCCAAACUGGGAAGCUCAAAACCUCAGGCUAUCUGUCAAUUUCACCAGCUAGAGAAACGAAUGGCAAGGUGCGAUAAAUUGGCAAGUCGGUACAAACAAUUCAUCGAAGAAUACAUUGAACUGGGUCACAUGAAACCGGCGGUCAAUCAACCGAAUACUAUGACACUGCAAGUUUACCUACCUCACCACGGUGUAAUAAAGGAAUCGUCAACGUCAACAAAACUACGAGUUGUAUUCAAUGCGUCUAUGAAAACUAGCAGCAAGUACAGUUUGAAUGACGAAGAUGUAUUUGUUUUCAAUUGGCAAUUACCUCAGCAAAAGUCAAGGCUCACUAAACGAGUACUACUGUCAAACAUCAGCAAAAUCUACGAUCCGCUAGGAUGGUUAUCACCUAUGACCGUCAAAGCAAAACUAAUCUUCCAAAAACUUUGGUUAGAUAGACUGAACUGGGAUGAAAACGUUUCCGAAAGCUCGUCGAAAGAGUGGGAACUGAUAAGAAGCGAAAUAAUAAACAUAAAUGAUGUAACAAUACCGAGGUGGAUCAGCUGUUAUAACAAUGUGACCGAGUUGCAUGGAUUUUGCGACGCAAGCGAAAAGGCGUUCGCCUGCGUCAUAUACAGUAAAGCGACGAAUGAUACCGGAGAAGCCGUUAUUACACUAAUGACAGCAAAAACUAAAGUCGCGCCUACGAAAAAGAAAACUACAUUACCGAGAUUAGAGCUUUGUGGUGCGCAAUUACUGGCUAAACUGAUGAACAAAUGUCAGAUGGCAUUAACUGACCUUCAACUGGAAACCUACUGCUGGACUGACUCACAAGUGGUCUUAGCGUGGCUUCAGGGAGAUAAAACAAGAUGGGAUAGAUAUGUUGCUAACCGAAGCAUACUGAUAACUAACUUAGUACCGGCAUCAAAGUGGAGUUAUGUGAAUACUAAAGAAAACCCUGCUGACUGUGCAACUCGCGGUUUAUCACCGAAACAGCUAGUUGAAGAAAAAAUCUGGUGGAAUGGUCCACAGUGGCUGAAAAAAUGGAGUCCAGACAACUUAAAGACCGAUGAAUCAUACUCAACUGAUCAUGACCUACGACAAACUUGCACUGUGACAAAAGGUGCAGACACCGCAGCUACAAGCGCCGGCGAGUGCAUAGUGAUGACGUUGCUAAACAACAAUAGUCGGCUCGAAUAUGUAACACGAGUAAUUGCUUAUUUAUUACGUUGGGAGAAGCAAUUAACUAAUGACUCUUACAAUAAAUACUUAUCUAUAUCGGAACUGAACUACGCAACUGAAGUAAUUAUCAGAGCUGUACAGCGAGACGCGUUCGCAGAAGAUAUCGAGAUGAUCUUGAAAACUGGAUUGGUGCACUCCAAGAGUAAAUUAUUAAACUUAUCCCCAUUUUUGGAUAAAAAUGGUGUACUGAGAGUGGGUGGAAGAUUGCAGUUUUCCGCCUUACCUAGCGAAACUAAACAUCCCAUGAUAUUGCCACAUGGCGGGAGAUUAACCGAGCUAGUUAUACAGCAAGCUCAUGAACUGACUCUUCAUGGAGGGGCACGCUUAACAUUGGCACAGACGCGACAACGCUAUUGGAUUGUUGGAGGAAAUAGAGCUGUCAAGAAAAUAAUUCGAUUGUGCAUGAAGUGCCGGCGAUACGCGGCUUCGAAGACUGACCAAAUAAUGGGAAAUUUACCUACUGAACGAAUAACCCCGUCGCGCCCGUUUACGAACACUGGUGUCGACUUCACAGGACACGUCGAUGUUAAAAUUAACAAGGGACGAGGGGUCAGAACAUGCAAAGGAUAUAUAGCGAUAUUUAUUUGCAUGUCUACUAAAGCGGUGCACAUAGAACUGGUGUCUGAUUUAACAACACAGUCAUUUAUUAUGGCCUUGAAGAGACUAUGCGCAAGAAGAGGAGUGGUGAAAUCGAUGUUUUCAGACAACGGGAAAAAUUUUGUCGGAGCAGCAAAAGAAUUACAAAGAGAAUUUCAACAGUUUGAAACACUGAUGUCACCAGAAUUUUUCAAAGAAGUGAAUAAACUAGGCAUUAACUGGCACUUUAAUGCGCCAUUAUGGCCAAGUGCAGGCGGACUAUGGGAAGCGGCAGUGAAGUCGAUGAAGUUUCACCUGAAAAGAGUCCUCGGGGAGCAGAAAUUGACUUAUGAGGAAUUCACGACCUUGUUACACCAGAUUGAGGCGUGUAUGAACAGUAGGCCUCUUUGCCCCAUAACCGAAGAUCCGGAAGACCUGGAAUACCUUACUCCAGGCCACUUUCUCACUGGUGGUCCAAUAAUGUCAUUGCCACAGGAAGAACUUACCGAUGGAAAACAUUUGGAUCUAAGGAAUAGAUGGAAGUAUGUAGAACUGAUGCAUCAGCAUUUUUGGAAGCGAUGGUCCAGUGAGUAUCUUCAUCAACUGCAGACCAAAAGUAAAUGGUUGACGCGAAAAGAAGAUCUAGAAAAAGGAGAUCUUGUCUUGGUGAAAGAGAAAGGCUUACCUCCAGGCAAAUGGGCACUGGGAAGAAUAACUGAAGUUCAUCCAGGAGCUGACGGAUGUGUUAGAGUUGUCACACUGAAGACUCAAAAUAACACAGUCAAGCGCCCAAUAACUAAACUGACUCCAUUGCCAAUGAAAACUGACAAUAACUUACCAACUGAAAAGGAUCAACAUAAAUCAAAGGAGACAGAUACUGCUAACAAACUGAAGCCUAGAACCAAAAGGAGCAGACUGUGCAACUUUAUAACAACACUUAUGCUAACACUUAUGAUAUUCCCGACGGGUAAUGCACAAACAUCAGCGAAAUACCAAGUUACGCCAUUUGAAGCUAAUCGACCAAUGUACUUUGAUGAAAUAGCCAAGGUUCAAGUCAUACACGACGAAUGGAUUGUACUGGUGUACUACAACUUAACAAAUUACUGGCAAACUACGGAAAAGGUUCAGCGGUUUGUCGAUCACUUAAGCAAGCAGUGUGGAAGAUUAGAAGUCGGGUACUGUAGUCAAGUGACAGAUCAAUUGCAACAUGAAAUAAAAAUGAUAUCAGAAAACAACAUGAUGUUAUUAACUGACCACUCAUCAAGAAAGAAACGAGGCUACAUAAACGGCGUAGGAAGUCUCGCACGAACCUUAUUUGGCGUACUAGAUCAAAACUUUGCCGAUAAGUACGCAGAAGACAUACAAAAGCUGCAAAUGAACGAUGACUACCAAGUAGAAUUGAUGAGGAAUCAAACACUUAUAAUUGAAGCGGAGAAUUCACUUAUCAAGAGCCAUGAGAAGUUUAUCAACAGCCAAUUCCAAACCAUCAAUAAAUACAUAAAUGAAACUGAAUCGGAUUUUUCAAAGAUUGAAAACCGAUUACUUCAACUAGCAGUAAUGAAUGAGUUAAAUGCUGAAUCACUGACGGCGAACUUAUUAAUAGCAGACUUAAAACAACAGCAAGAAAUGCUUACCAACGCACUUACUGACGUACUCCGAGGACACUUGGAUAUGAGACUGUUUACACCCAGUCAGCUGAUUGAUCAACUGAGUCAUAUUUCAUCCACAUUACAGAAAAGACUCUCCUUUCCGGUCAAAGACCUACGGAAAGACAUAAACAACCUUUACAAGUUGAUCUACGUCAAAGCGAGAAUAACAAACUACAUGCUAUUUGAACUGCACAUACCACUAAUAAGCGAUGACGAAUAUGUCUUAUAUCGCACUAUACCGGAUUGCGUAAUGCAGAAGGAGGAUGAAAUUAUUUACGCAUACAACACCUAUGGAAACAAUAGAGUGGAUGUAGAUACCGGGAUACAAGUUCCUACUAUAGACUCUACUAACAACCUGGUCACCGUCAAUUUGAAGCAUGUGGAUAAAAACUUACAAAUACUAAAUUUGACUGAGAAUCAUCGUGAACUUGAGGAGCGAAUUCUAGAGCAGAAGCAGCACGAGGUGACAUUGAACUCGAUAUCCGUGCAUGAGAUAGGCAACUACGCGGUGUCGUCAAUACUACUGGUGAUAGCAGCCACAGCCGGAUGCUGGUGGUGGAUGCGAGCGCGCUGCGGCAGGAGGCCGGCGGCACGCGGCGGCGGCGGCGGCGCGGGUCGACACACUCACUCCAACCAAGGAAUGGAGUUACAGGAGAUUAUGCACCAGAGAGCUAUUCCUAUUGAGUCGCAGAAGCAAGCGAACUCAAAAGGAUUUAAUUUUGAUUUUUAG